CAACGGUUGAUGCCUGUCGCGGAAGAUGUCCAUCACGAUUUCUGUCAUCACGGACGAGGCCGACUUCGCUGAGAUCUCACCCAUGGUUUUCGACGCAUGGCAGCAGCCCUACAAUCCGCAGCUCAAGCAUUUCCGCCCCGUUUUGCCCACACGCGCUGAAGCCAUCACAUGGAGCAAGGAACGCUCCACCAAAAGACUUCGAGAGCAGGACUCAAAAUUGUUCAUGCUAAAAGCUGUUGAUUGCGAGACCGAUCUCAUCGUUGGGUUCGCGCAGUGGUAUGUGAACGACAAGCCAGAUCCCUAUGGCGAGCGCACAGUGGCUACAUGGCAUCCUGAAGGCUCGGAAGAGCGUGAGUUUGCCGAGCGGUUCAUCAACGGCUUGUGGGACUUCAUUGGAAAGAGAGUUACGAGGCCGCAUAUGGACCUUCAUUCGAUCACGGUGCAUACCGAACAUCGGAGUCGAGGUGUGGGGCGGCUGCUGAUCCGUUGGGGCCUCGAUAAGGCUGACGAGCUGGGUAUUGAAACAGCGAUAAGUUCGCUCAUAACCGCUCGCGGGGCCUACGAGAAGUGUGGAUUGGGCUGCAUCGAGAUGAUUCCAGCAGACCCGUCUUUGAAUGUGCCGUAUCCGAGCGAAAAAUGGAAGGAAUUGGCAUCUGAUAACCUGAAUGGGUGGUUGAUGUGGCGGCCGGUUGGGCAUGACUACGUUGCCGGUGUAGACAAAGCACCGUGGGUGUAA